GCAACCCAACAAACCUGAUGCAAUGAAAUUCUCAAAAUCUCAAAAUUGUCAGAUACGGGAUAUUGCAGUUAGGCCAUCGAAAAGCAAAGGGUUGAGUUUAUUGAAUGAGGGUCUAUGUUUUUUCAGUUUUUUGGUACAUACUCGGGUAAAAGGUUAAGGAUUUUGUAAAUCCCGUAAUUUGUAAUUUUUAGAAAACUGUAAGAACAGUACCUAAGUAAACAAUAAAUUUUAAAAAUAUGGAGACAGCCGAAAUAGCCACUGAAUCUGAAAAACCUAAUAGUUUAGAAAGUUAUUUUAAAAACAUUAUAGAUGGUAAAAAAAUAGAGACUGACACAAAUAAACUUAAUGAAAUACUAGAAAAAAGCAUUGAUCUAAACCUUAUUGGUAUGAAUCCCAAAUUGAAGUUUAUUUUACCCUACAUGUUGGUUCACUAUAUAAAAAUUUGGCCUGGUUGGAAAAAGGCAUCCCAGUAUCACCAAAAACGGAUAUCAUUCGAGAAUUGGUACGUGAAGUUUAAGGAAUACCUUAUAUACAAAAUAAACUUUAUGAUAAAAAAUGACUUUGAGAAAUCAUUAGCUAUGAUUCGGUACAAUACUUCUUGCCUGUUGGAUGAGAGGAAAGUCACUAAAUGUGAUAAUAGUACACAGACUUCUUCUAAUGUAGACAAAACUACAGCUCCAUUUACAAUAGAAAUCAGUGGUCCAGCAAAGGUUCUUAAUUCUUUGAUAUUUUGUGAGGGAGUGGAAGACACCAUAUUUGUCAAAGAGUAUACAGUACCUAACGCAUGGGGUGAUCAGUUAAGUAUAAGACAACUUACAAACUGGCCAUUUGUUGAAGUGAACUUUCACUCGGAAUAUCUCCAUUUCAAAAGAACCAAUAAGCAUGACUACAUACGAUGCCUUACUUUUAAUACAGAAAAAAUAACUUUUAAGAGAACUGACUCCUUUAUUGAAGAAAUUAACAUAAUUGAUGAAAAUUCUACUAGGCAAGCAUAUACAUUAAAUGCUGUUAAAGAAUAUUGCACUGCAUACAUUAGUACAUUGAAGAAAAGAAAUGACAUAUUGAAUUGGGGCGGAACAAGUUUUGAUGAAGUUAAGGUUAUUAUAGAAGACUUUAUCCUAGAUAUAUUCGCCUUAGGUUUUAACAGUAUCGCUACAAAUACGUCAGUAUUAUACAAUAUCGGAAACUCGGUAUACGCCAGAAAUAAAUGUAUCAAAACUAGUGACCAAUCUAUAUGUUUUGGAGAAUGCCUAACUCCAAAACUUUGUCUCUCUCUACAUGCCUUCACUGCAAUAAAGGAUGCCAGUAUAACUACUUUCGAUAAUCUGUUUCUAAACAACGAUACAUUACUACCGACGAUUACAUAUCGAUGCACUUAUUGUAAUGUAUCAUACAACAAUUCAAAAGAUCUGUGGAACCAUUUCAAAGGAGCUCAUGUCAUGGAACAACCAGUAUUAUGUAUCAAAUGUAAAUUACAGAUUAAGAUUGACAAGCUGACGGAUAACCGUUGGCACCACCAAUGCAGUAAAAAAGUAGAUACAUCAAAAGACAGCACUUCUUCGUCAGCAAAAGCUUAGAGAAAACUUUGAAUUUUUUGU